CCGAUUGCUGUUGGAGAAGUCUGCAACUUGAAGACUGCAAUUGCCACUUAAACACCAGAUCCGCCCGCCGCUGCCACCCACCUUCACGGCGGCCCGACCAACUCCGCCGCCUAGAUACCAUAACAUCGGCUCUCCGGCUUUGCUGAGGAUCUAGAGCUGAAGUUGCUCGAUGAAAUGCCUCAGUGACUGAUUGCAGCUACAUUCGAUCUCAUAUUCCUGUGAAGAAUCAAACAUGACAUGGAUAGCCUUAAUCUUAGCAGUGCUAUUGCUCUGGUUUGCUUCUCUCUGCAAAGUUUUUCUGGAAUCUAUGUCCUCUUCAAAAUCAGCAUUCUUAAAUGAUGGUGCUAGUUCUAGAAGGAGAAAUGUCUUGGUGGUUAUUGCUCAUCCUGAUGAUGAGUCUAUGUUCUUUGCUCCUGUGAUUAAUUACCUGACUUCCAGGCAUCAUAAUGUACACAUACUUUGCAUGUCAACUGGCAAUGCAGAUGGCAUGGGAAGUGUUAGAAAAGAAGAGUUACAACUGGCCUCCGUGGUUCUCAAGAUUCCAGCACAGCAAGUGACUGUACUAGAUCAUCCACAUUUGCAGGAUGGUUUUGGCAAUGUGUGGAACUGGGAUUUGUUGGCUAGCAUCAUUAAUGACGAAACUCGUACCCAUUCUAUUGACUUGAUCAUUACAUUUGACAAUUACGGUAUCUCGGGUCAUUGCAACCACUGUGACGUUCAUCAAGGAGUAAGAAAGCUAAUGCAUGAUGCCUUGGGGGGAAGACAUCUCGAGGCCUGGGAGAUUAUAAGCCCUAACAUAGUGCGCAAGUACAUCGGACCAGUAGACAUUUGGUUAUCCAUCAUGCUUAGCCGACUUGAUAAAGAUGGACUAUCACAUUGCUUGCUUAACUUAGAUCUCCGUAAAAGUUAUGCAGCUAUGGCUCAACACUCCAGCCAAUGGGUUUGGUUCCGCAAAUUUUUUGUAACAUUUUCGAGUUGUACUUAUGUUAGCACCCUUAAGAAGAUCGCUGUCUAGGCGGAGGUCACGGAGCUAUGAUUUAUGGUCUUACAUCACCCAUGGUGAUUGGUGAGUGGAAUGAACCGAUACAUGAUAGUACUAUGAUAAUAGAGAUUAGCGAUGUUUUCAUUUCUAUUCCACAACAUUAGUUUUGAACAAAGAGUUUUUUGUGUGUUUGGAUUUUGCUAUGGACGAUUGGUGGCAACAUAUAUUUAUCUUUUUGGAUGACUUAAUUUUUCAAAACAAUACUA